UAAUGGUGAUGUAUAUGACUGAUAAUUAAACGACAAAUCAUUUGUAUUUGUAAUAACCAAACAAUUUUCUAGGGGAAAUAUGUGUAUCAGGAUGGAGUUCAAUAUGUGGGAUAUUUUGAAGAAAAUAAGUUAAAUGGACAUGGAAAAGAAAUCUGGCUAGAUAGAGCUCGUUAUGAAGGGUUAUGUAAAAAUGGAAAAAACUUAGCAAGGGAACAUUUAAAUUUGCUGAUGGAUCUAUAUAUGUUGGUGAAUUUGUUUCAAAUAAUAUUUAACGCAAAUCAAAUAUAGAUUGGCUGAA